GAUGGUCUGUGUUUCUAUUUCUAGUCUCAAAACAAUAGAAACAAAGAAACCCAUAGACAAAAACUUCAACUUUAUGUGAAAGAAACGUUCACUAACCUUUGACACUUCUGUGAACAUCCACAGUUUGAAACAAAGUACAGUCUCGUGGUCUAACGAAGAAGAAGACAAGAUGACUGACAUGAUUCCACCACAUUUGAGGAAACUUUGGGACAAAUGGAACAUUCGUGGAGUCAUAAUACUCAGUCUCUUCCUCCAAACAAUCCUUAUUUUCUUUGCACCUAGCAGAAGACGCACCGCAAAGAAGCUCUUCCUUGUCCUCAUAUGGUCAGCUUAUCUUCUUGCUGAUUGGGCAGCUGAUUACGCGGUUGGGCAAAUCUCAGACAGUCAAGAAGAAGAAGCUGCAUCAAACAAACAGUCCAAGAACCGUGAGCUGCUUGCUUUUUGGUCACCUUUUCUUCUCUUGCACCUUGGAGGUCCAGACACCAUUACAGCACUUGCCCUGGAGGAUAAUGAGCUUUGGGACAGACAUCUGUUUAGUCUUGUCUGUCAAGCAGUCGCCACUGUGUAUGUGAUCUUGUUGUCUAUACCAAAUAGGCUUCUGACUCCAACAUUAAUCAUGUUUGUGGGCGGAGUGAUCAAGUAUGUUGAGAGAACAGCUGCAUUGUUCUCAGCGAGUCUUAACAAGUUCAAAGAUUCUAUGCUCCACGAUCCUGAUCCUGGUGCUAAUUACGCAAAGCUCAUGAAGGAAUAUGAAGCUAAGAAGAAGAUGAAUAUGCCAACUGAUGUAAUUGUGCUGAAGGAUCCAGAGAAAGGACGGGAAGGCAAUACUCCGAUUAGGCCCGACAAUCAAUUGACCGCACUUCAAGUUAUUCAGUAUGCUUACAAGUACUUUAACAUCUUCAAAGGUCUUAUUGUUGAUCUAAUCUUCACCAAUCAACAGCGCAAUGAGAGCAGGAAAUUCUUUGACAAGCUGACUGCAGAAGAAGCUUUACGUAUCAUCGAAGUCGAGCUUGGCCUCAUCUAUGAUUGUCUGUUCACCAAAGCAGAGAUUCUGCAUAACUGGACUGGAGCUGUGUUCCGGUUUAUAGCUUUGGGGUGCCUUGUUGCGUCUCUCUGCCUCUUCAAGAUGAAUAAGAAAGAUCAAUAUGAUGGAUUCGAUGUCGUCCUUACUUACGCAUUGCUCAUAUGUGGAAUAGCUCUUGAUUCCAUUGCUCUUCUCAUGUUCUGUGUUUCUGACUGGACCAUCGCUAGACUGAGGAAACUAAAUGAAGACCUGGAAGAGAAAGACACCAGGACAGACAGAGUUCUCAACUGGAUCCUCGAUUUCAAGAAGCUGCGGUGGAAAAGGUCCAGAUGUUUUCAGGAUGGACAUAAAGUGCUCAACAGAAACUUUAUGUUUCGCAGAUGGUCUGAGUAUGUUCAUGCUUACAACAUGAUUGGAUUCUGCUUGGGGAUACGUCCCACGAGAAUCCAUUAUACCAAGGGUAAGAUACACAGUUUCUUUCACCAGAUCAUUCACGUUUUGUACAUAGAUACUGCCAUCAAAAAGGCCACCAGAGGAGCUCGCCAGUUUCAUAAUUUGAUUGGUCGCUCUCUCAGUAAUUUGUCCAAAAGAGACAAUUCGGUAAUCCGUACCGGUCUUAGAUGGUUUCUCUUUUUUCCUCACCUCCUCGGACUUUUGAUCUACAAGUUCCUAGACUUCUUCGGUAUCAAAGACUUGGUUGAAGAGAUAAGAUUCACAGUCAGUGAUCGCCUCACCAGAGAACUAUGGGAGUUCAUAUUCACAGAGGUGCAACAAAAACACCAAUUUGCUGAAGACCAAGAAAGUGCAAAGGAUAUAUCUUCAGCUAGAGGAAACUGGACUCUACUUCAAACAUCAAGCAAAAAAAGAGAAGACGGAUCAGACCAUGCGAAACUUCUGCAGUAUGUAACAGAAAAGGAUUACGAUCAGAGCAUUCUACUGUGGCACAUCGCCACAGAACUCUUAUACCAAAAGUCAAUAGACCAAAAAGCGACAACAGAGAAACAAGAAAACCGUAACCGAGAGAAAGAAGAACACAGUAACCGAGAGAUAGAAGAACACCGUAACCCAGAGAAAGAAGAACACACUAACCGAGAGUUCAGCAAAAUCCUUUCGGACUACAUGAUGUACCUCCUUAUAGUGCAGCCAACUCUGAUGUCAGCUGUUUCCGGAAUCAUAAAGAUACGUUUCAGAGACACAUGCGAAGAGGCAAAGGACUUUUUCCGGAGGAGGCAUAUCGACAAAUCAAGGUAUGAAAAAAACAACCUUGUGAAAGAAGCCUGUCGAGCUAUUCUCUCUGUCAACACAGAAAUCGAUCCUAUGGCUGUGAAAGGAGACAGAAGCAAAUCUGUGCUGUUUGAUGCAAGCGUGCUUGCAAAGGAGCUAACGAAUGCAGGCGGAAACAUGUGGGAAGUAGUGAGCAAAGUGUGGGUUGAGUUGCUUUGCUAUGCAUCAAUUCAUUGUAACUCUCAAGAACAUGCUUCUCAACUCAGCAAAGGCGGUGAACUCAUCAACUUUGUUUGGCUAUUAAUGGCUCAUUUUGGACUCGGAGAUCAAUUCCAAAUCAACAGAGAUGAUGCAAGAGCCAAACUCAUUGUCGCCAAUUGAUCACACAAACUCGGUUUCUUCAUCUACUUUUUUUUUCUCCUAUGUUUUAACUUUGUCCACUUCCGUGAAUAAUCUGCACUUGUAGUGUAGUAAACUUCUAGUCUAUGC